UUACCAAACCAUUAUCUUUUUGUUGACUAGAGAUAAUCUCUAGUUUCCAUUAUCUGUUGUUUGGCCUGACCUGCUGCAUAAAUUUUUACCCUAUUGUAAUAUUCAUAUUCUUAUUUUCUGUUUCUCAUUUCUUAUUAUUUGCUCCCUUUUCCUUUCUUUUUGGUUUUGAAUGCAUUGCUCUUGACAGUAAUUUGACUAAAGUUUGGCCAUUUUUUGGCAUCAAUCAGUAUCUAAAUUCUGAAAAUUCAUUCUACCUGUUGAGCAUCAUGGUCCUCUGGAUUGUCAUUCAUAAUUCUCUCGUUUGCCUGAUUCUGUUUGUACUAUAUUUUGUCAUCCCUUGUUUGGUUGAAGUCCUUGGAGCCAUACCUACUGGAACCAAUUCAAUCAAGAUUCUUACUCUAGAACUCCUUUUGGCCUUCCAUUUUGUUUCCAUCUGUCCAUAUCAUUCUUCUUUCUUUUGCAAAUGCUUCCGGCUUCUGUGCUUCCCUCAGAGUUGCAGUAGAAGCUUAUCUACUUAUAUAAGAUGCCAAGGACAAGGGCAAGUGCUGCAGCUGCUGAAUCAGUUGAACCUGAGAAGUCUAUUGAGAUUGAAGAUCAGGCUGAACUUGGCAUAGAUAAUGAAAUGGAGGAGAUAGCGGAGGAAGAGGUUGAAUAUGAAGAAGUGGAGGAGGAAGUAGAAGAGGAAGAAAUGGAAGAAGUGGAGGAAGAGGAGGAGGUGGAGGUGGAGGAAGAGGAGGAAGAGGAGGAAAGUGAUGCCAAUGGAGCUGGUGCUCAAAAGGAUCCAGAUGGUGAUCAAGAUAUGAAAAAUUCCGAGCAGGAAGUGGAUGCAUUAAAAAGGCAUGCUGAGCUUCUUGCGCUUCCUCCUCAUGGUUCGGAGGUUUACCUUGGUGGUAUUUCUCAGGAUACUUCUGAAGAUGACCUGAGGCACUUCUGUGAAUCAAUUGGCGAGGUUAUGGAGGUCAGGAUAAUGAAGGGAAAGGACUCGAAUGAAAAUAAGGGGUAUGCUUUUGUAACAUUCAGGACAAAGGAAUUGGCUUCUAAGGCCAUCAAGGAGCUUAAUAAUACUGAAUUGAAGGGGAAAAAGUUGAAGUGCUCUACAUCUCAAGCAAAGCAUAAGUUGUUCAUUGGUAAUAUUCCUAAGAACUGGGGAGAGGAAGACAUCAAAAAGAUUGUGAACAAAGUAGGUCCUGGAGUUAUCUCCGUGGAACUUUUGAAGGACCCACAGAAUUCAAGUAGGAAUCGAGGAUUUGUAUUCAUCGAGUACUACAACCAUGCUUGUGCAGAGUAUUCGAGGCAGAAGAUGUCAGAUUCAAAAUUUAAGCUGGAUGAUAAUGCUCCAACGGUCAGUUGGGCUGAUCCAAAAAAUGCAGAAUCUACAUCUAAUUCCCAGGUUAAGGCUGUGUAUGUGAAGAACUUGCCUAAAGACACAACUCAAGAUCAGCUUAAAGAGUUGUUUGAACAUCAUGGAAAAAUUACAAAAGUGGUUCUUCCUCCUGCAAAACCAGGGCAUGAAAAGAGUAGAUAUGGUUUUGUUCACUUUGCAGAAAGGUCCAGUGCCAUGAAGGCUCUAAAGAACACUGAGAAAUAUGAGCUAAAUGGACAAGUUCUGGAGUGCUCACUCGCAAAGCCACAGGCAGAGCAGAAGUCUUCUGGGGGACCAAAUUCUCAGAAGGCACCUAUACUUCCAACUUACCCACCUCGUGUUGGAUAUGGUUUGGUUGGACCACCUCCCUAUGGGGCUAUUGGUGCAGGAUAUGCUGGUGCGAACUUUGCUCAACCACUAAUAUAUGGAAGAGGAGGUACGCCGGGCAUGGCUAUGAUGCCAAUGCUUUUACCCGAUGGCCGGAUUGGAUACGUCCUGCAACAGCAGGGAGUACAACCACAAACACCACCACCGCAACAAAGAGGUGGCCGAAGUGGUGGUGGUGGUGGUGGAGGAAGCUCGAGUGGUGGAAGACGUGGCACUGGCAGUGAUAAUGGGCGUGGACGUAGUCGUUACAACCCAUAUUAAUCCUGCACUGUCAGGGAAUGGUCUCGUGUGUAUUAACUUCCAGUGUUGUGUAUUGUAACAGUGAAAAUGACAAUCUUACAGGAAAUGUUAACCUAUGAAAAUACUAUUUAUGCAUCUAGGCUUCUAGUUUGUGAUAACUGUUUUGGCCGUGGGAACUCCGUCUGAUUAUGCUGUAUACACAAGAAAACAAAUGUCGCACUGGAUGUAUUAGUUAUGUAAGAGGCUUGAGACUUUGAGUUGAGAUUUGUUGUCCAAAAUUGGUUGUCAACUUGUUCAUCCAAUAAUUCAUUGAUACAUCAUUUUAAAUUAAUAUAUCUGAUUUUUCGCCA